AUGGCAUAAUUGGAUGAAAAUUAUAAUCCUUGGGAUUUGGAAAGUGAUGACUAUCGUAUGCCAGGCUAGGUUAUCAGAAAUUACAAUUCUCUUCACAAUGAGCCAUAACCAGUAUUAUUAUAUUUUUAUCCUAUGCUAAAAAACCAGAUUGUUCAGUUGAGAAUUAGAGUAGAUCCUCUGACACUGGCAAUUAUUACAGUCAUGCACCACUUGUAACAAAUAACCUUAAAAUAUAUUAUUCAGUUUACUGAAAAACCCAAGUGCACACCCCUUGUUAAGAAAGAAAUAAUUGAAUUAGAGGAUGAAGAAGCCAGAAAAAUGAGAAGUCCUUCAAGUCAUGAAGCCAUCUCUUUGCAAACACCUAAAAGCGUGCGAAGUCAAUAACCACAUAAAACUAAGGCAGUUGAAAAAAUUAGAGCACGUCUAUCCAAACCCUAAAUUUUUACAAAAAACCAAUUAAGAUAAAGAUAAUUGUAACAAUUUAUCGAUGGAUGGGGUUUUUCUCUAUUGAUGGGAUUUGUGACACUCUAUGCAUUAUUUGGAGAUGAUAUUAGAAUAUUGUCUGUCAAUAAAGAUGGUGAUGACAUCUUCUUUAUUUUAACUACAAUUUGCAUAGUAUGUUUUGCAGUCGAGAUUGUAUUAACUUGCAUUGCCAAUCCAAAUUAUCUUUUUAAUGUAUUCAGCUUUGAUAACCAUAGUUUUAUUUUUGGCUUGAUUUAAUUUCUACUGCAACAAUGAUUCUAGACAUAGGUUGGAUUACAGAUCAUUGGUAUGGAGAUGAGGGAGAUGUUUAAAAUGCUGCUACUCUCAAAGCUUUGGGCAAAGCAUCAAGAACAGCAAGAAAAGCAGCAAGGGUCAUACGAAUUAUAAGACUAGUUAGAUUAAUAAAAUUGUAUAAACAUGCAAGAUUACAAUUGGAAAAAGAAAAGGAAAAAAAAAUAUUAUAAGAUUUGUUAUUGAAAGAUGAUUAAAAACAAAAUUCCUCAUAAUAGUAAUAACUACAGAACAAAUAAAAAUAACAUUAUUUAAUUAGAAUCUCUAUUUUAUAAUAGAAUCGAUAAAAGAAGGUUAAAUCUGAAGAAUAACUACCUUAUAUUAAUAAAAGUUAGCAUUCUAGAUCACAAUCACAACAUGAUCAAAACAGUUCUAAUAAUGAAUAACAAUAAUUAAAAUACUCUAAUCUUUCAUAAGGUGAUUAAAUUAAGGAAUCUCAUGUUGGAUCUUAAUUAUAAGAUCUAGUGAUGAGAAGAGUCAUAACGAUUAUUAUUGCUAUUUUAAUAAGUAUACCAAUUCUUACUUUGGAUACUUAUUCUGAAAUUAUUAAUAGUUAUGACUCUGGAAUAUUUAGAAUUAGUUAAUUUAGAAUGAAUUAUCCAAUUACUGAUAUGUUAAUCUAACAGUAUGUCUAAUUUCAUAAUAGUGAAAUCUACCCUAUCCAAUCUGUCUUAGUACUCCAAGAUGAUUUAAAUAAGAAAUAUACUGAAUAUAACUACACUACAAACCCUGAUUGGUUUUAAUAAACAGAAUUGCUCAAAAGCCAAUAUAGAUUUUCAGAUUAAUAAUACUUUGUAACUACUGAUACUAAUAAUUAAUUGAUCACAUAUUCUGUUUCAGAUUUGGUUGAUUAUAAUAAAAUUAAUGCUAUAUUGUCAAUUUUUCAAACAGUUUUUGUUUGUAUAGUAUUGGCAUUAAGUGCUGUUUUAUUUAAUAAGGAUGUUACAGAAUUAAUAAUAGAGCCUAUUGAAAUUAUGAUUCAGAAGAUAGAAUUGAUUGCCAGCAAUCCACUAGAGGCUGUAAAUAUUGAAGAAUAAGAAGAUCUAAUCACUUAAGAGUUGGAAAAGAAUAAUGACUUUAAAAAAAUCAGAUAGAGAUAAAUUGAGUAGAUGUCUGAAACAUAUUUUUUACAAAAGCUCAUAAUGAAAAUAGGAGCAUUAUUAGCUGUUGGUUUUGGAGAAGCAGGCUCUGAAAUCAUAGCAGAAAAUAUCAAAAAGGGUGGAAGUGUAGAUCCUAUGGUACCUGGAAAGAAAGUGCUUGCCAUUUUUGGUUUUUGUGACAUUCGUAAUUUCACAGAUGCCACUGAAGUAUUACAAGAAGAUGUUAUGGUUUUUGUAAAUGAAAUUGCAGAAAUUGUUCAUUUUACAGUUGAUAGUUAUGGUGGAUCAGCAAAUAAAAAUAUUGGGGAUGCCUUUCUCUUAGUUUGGAAGUAUCCCGAUAUGAAAUUUCAUGCUGAUCCAUAAACAAAAAAGUUAAUUUUACAUGAUGAUAAUAAUGUAAAACAAAUAGGAGAUAUGGCAGUUUUAUCAUUCUUAAAAAUCAUAAUUUCAGUCUCUCUAUCAAAAAAAUUGGAAAAAUAUAAGAAGCAUGAAGGACUCAAUGCAAGAAUUAAAGAUUAUUCUGUUCGAAUGGGAUUUGGUUUACAUUUGGGCUGGGGUAUAGAAGGAGCAAUAGGAUCUUCUUUUAAAAUUGAUGCUUCAUACUUAAGUCCAAAUGUUAAUAUGGCUUCCAGAUUAGAAGCCGCAACUAAAUAAUUUGGUACGAAUAUCUUAAUUAGUGGAAUAUUAAAAAGAAACUUGACAUAAGCUUGUUAGAAUCACAUUAGAUUAAUUGAUAUUGUAACAGUUAAAGGAAGUAUUGAGCCUGUAGAACUAUAUACUGUGGACUUAUCUAUCAAAAGUCUCUUAAAUAAAUAUAAGGAACCCAGAGAUAUCUUUGAUAUUAGUAGAAUGAAUCCGAGGGAAUAAAAGCAAUUUAGAGUUAUCAAUCGAUAUAAAAGGAACCUUUUAAUUAAGAGUGUGGAAGAUGAUAAAAUACAAAUUGCAGAACUUUUUGAAAAAGAUGAGGACUUGAUUACUGCAAGAGAACCAUAUCAUUAAGUAUCAUUAUCAUUUUUAAUAGGAAUUUUAUGACACUUGGAUUUCAGGGUUUAAUUCUUAUAUCCGUGGAGAAUGGGAUGAAGCUCAAAAGAUUUUCAUGAAAACAUUAGUAAAAAUAUAAAAUAAUUUAGACUAUGAUACCAGAACACAAGGAUGGUCCAUCUAAUACAUUGUUAGAAGUUAUACAUUCAUCUGGAGGCAGAGCCCCUUAUGAUUGGAAAGGAUUUAGAGAACUUACAGAAAAAUGA